UUGCUGUGAUGUGGGGAAGUGAUGAAUGGGCUGUUCAGCUUCCCCUCUGGCAGGCCUGCAGCCUUAUUUAUUACACACCGAAGUAUAAAACCACCACGCCGGCUGCAGCGCUCGUCUCCAGCCCUGGCACUUGCCCGAGGAGACCACGGCGCCUGGAGCCCGGGCCGUCUUCUCCAGGAGGCUCCGUGGCUCUGCUGAGAAUCAUGCCGGGGCAGCUCAUCUGUUGGCACCUGCUGGCUUUGCUUUUCCUCCCAUUUUGCCUGUGUCAAGAUGAAUACAUGGAGGUGAGCGGAAGAGCUAAUAAAGUGGUGGCGAGGAUAGUGCAAAGCCACCAGCAGACCGUCCAUAGUGGCUCCAGGAGGGAGAAAGUGAGAGAGCGGAGCCAUCCUAAAACGGGGACUGUGGAUAAUAACACUUCUGCAGACCUAAAAUCCCUGAGACCAGAUGAGCUACCGCACCCCGAGGUAGAUGACCUAGCCCAGAUCACCGAGUUCUGGGGCCAGUCUCCAUCCCCUGGAGGACUGCCCCCAGACUGCAGCAAGUGUUGCCAUGGAGAUUACAGCUUCCGAGGCUACCAAGGACCUCCUGGACCUCCUGGCCCCCCUGGCAUUCCGGGAAACCAUGGAAACAACGGCAAUAACGGAGCCACUGGUCAUGAAGGGGCCAAGGGUGAGAAAGGAGACAAGGGCGACCUGGGGCCGCGAGGGGAGCGGGGGCAGCAUGGCCCCAAAGGAGAAAAGGGCUACCCGGGGAUCCCGCCGGAACUGCAGAUUGCAUUCAUGGCUUCCCUGGCGACUCACUUCAGCAAUCAGAACAGCGGGAUCAUCUUCAGCAGCGUUGAGACCAACAUCGGCAACUUCUUUGAUGUCAUGACUGGAAGAUUUGGGGCCCCGGUAUCAGGUGUGUAUUUCUUCACCUUCAGCAUGAUGAAGCACGAGGACGUUGAGGAAGUGUAUGUGUACCUCAUGCACAACGGCAACACAGUCUUCAGCAUGUACAGCUAUGAAACCAAGGGGAAAUCAGAUACAUCCAGCAACCAUGCAGUGCUGAAACUGGCCAAAGGAGAUGAGGUUUGGCUGCGAAUGGGCAAUGGCGCUCUUCAUGGGGACCACCAACGAUUCUCUACAUUUGCAGGCUUCCUGCUCUUUGAAACUAAGUAAAUAUAUGAAUAGACCAGCUCCACUAUGGGGAAGACUUGAUCUAAGCUGGCAUUGUUAUGAUCUGAGGGAUAUUAGAGUUGAGGCUCUACAUGUUGUAUUUUUUUUUUAAAUGUGUUAGUUACAUUGCUAA